GCUCCAAAUGCAUUGCCUCGUCUAAAUCGGGAACCUCCCGACUUUCAAGCCUCAAAGCCGGCUGCCAAUUUCCAAACACCUCUUUCGUCGUCUCUUUCGGUUUCUAGAGGCAGGCAUCAUCUGAGAAGGUUUUGUUCCCUUCAGCUUCGAUCCUUUUCUUCGUGAUGUAGUAAACCUACCGCUUUUUCUGUUCUUUUUUUUUCUUCUUCUUCCUCGGUUUUUUUUUUCCCCAUGGAAAACACCAUGCAACGCUUAGACAAGCUGUUCUGCUAGGCCUGCUUUAGUCGAUUGUGCUUGUAUCGGCCUUACUAUUUUGUUCGGGGAGUGAUCGGACGGUCAGGGUUCGCGGAGGAAAGAGAAUGAAGAGCGAAGACCGAGCCAGGUCCCUCUUUGGGAUUUCCCUCUCAGACCGGCCUAUAUGGAAGCAAUUCCUCAUUUGCUCUUCUGGGUUCUUCUUUGGCUACCUCGUUAAUGGCAUUUGCGAGGAAUUCGUCUACAAUCGGCUCCAAUUCAGCUAUGGUUGGUAUUUCACCUUUGUGCAAGGAUUUGUCUACCUGAUACUCAUAUACUUACAAGGAUUCACCACCAAGCAAAUGGUGAACCCUUGGAGGACGUAUGUGAAACUCUCUGCUGUUCUUAUGGGUUCACAUGGAUUAACUAAAGGGUCUUUGGCAUUUCUUAACUAUCCGGCACAGAUAAUGUUCAAAUCCACAAAGGUCCUGCCGGUCAUGAUAAUGGGUGCCUUCAUUCCUGGCUUAAAAAGGAAAUAUCCAGCUCAUGAAUACAUCUCUGCGAUGCUUCUAGUGAUUGGUCUGAUCCUUUUCACCUUAGCAGACGCCCAGACGUCUCCUAAUUUUAGCAUUGUUGGUGUUGUAAUGAUAAUGGGUGCUCUAAUCAUGGAUGCCUUCUUGGGAAAUUUGCAAGAAGCAAUUUUUACCAUGAAUCCUGAGACCACACAGACGGAGAUGUUAUUCUGCUCAACUGUUGUGGGGUUGCCUUUCUUGGUUCCACCAAUGAUCCUAACAGGGGAGCUAGUUAAGGCUUGGAAUUCUUGUUUGGAGCAUCCUUAUGUCUAUGGGGUGUUAGUGUUUGAAGCCAUGGCCACAUUCAUUGGGCAAGUGUCUGUUUUAUCGCUCAUUGCCAUUUUUGGGGCUGCCACCACUGCCAUGGUAACAACUGCUAGAAAGGCAGUCACACUGUUGCUAUCAUACAUGAUAUUUACAAAGCCAUUAACUGAACAGCAUGGGACAGGGCUGUUGCUCAUAGCCAUGGGAAUCAUUCUGAAGAUGUUGCCUGACAACAAACUUCCAGGUAGGAGUGCAGUGGCAUCCACGAAGCAGGGAAAACCCUCCAGCAGAGUAGACAAUAUCCUGCUAGAAAAUGGAGAGAGUGUAGCAGAAGAGAAAAAUCCCUUAGUCUGAAGAUCAACAUAGAUGUUUAUCUCUUUUAUUCUUUUAUUCUGGUUUUUCUUUUUAUUAUUUUCCAAUUUGUCAAUCGAGGUUCCUACAAAAGGCACAGGGAUAAGAGAAAGCAGAAAUAUAUAUUUUACCAACACGUGAUGUAGGCUUUAUAUGGUGGGGAAUGAUUAUUCACAUUGGAAAAUGAAUGAUUUAAUAGUUGGAGUUUCCUGAAUUUAA